GCUAGGCCCAUGCGGACGAUUUGACUGAGCUUCAACUGUGGAUACAUAUAUCCUGCUAUUUCCCGGUUUCUUUGAAUUAACCCCCUCUUGUAUUCGGCCGUCGUCACGGGCUUGGAUAUCAAUGUCUUGGUUGAAGGCUAGAGACUGGGCAUCGGGCGUGGAAUACUCCAGCCUGUUUCACUCAGGUCUGCGAGCCAUCUCCCUGCGUCCCCUCUUAGGUACUCGCACCCGGGCUCAGUCUGCAGCCCCGACUCCGUCGCUAGAAAAAACCAAGCGGAGAUGCUCUCUGUCAUCUCGCCUGCUCAAGCGAGGUACCUCAACUAAGAGUCCUCCUACAUCUAAAGAAUCUAGUCCGCCCCCGUCUGACGCGGAAAAGGUAGUGCGUCCGCGGCCAUCGUCCAUGUUUGUGAGCUCCACCAAGGAGCUUCAGGAGCUCUGGGUAACAGGGGGCAGCUAUCUUGAUGGCACCGAUGAUCGCCCGAAAUUGAUCCAAGAUGGUCUACUCUCGCCUAUAAUCGACUCUGGAGAUCUGUUUUCCUCAUUGCCUCAGUCACGAUCGUUCUACGUGAAUCUGAGGGACCCAUCACCUCUUCCACCUAAAGAAGAAUCUUUCCUGUCUUUGUCAAAUGACUUGGACGCGCUCUAUCGACCGCCCCGUCGCGAGCGCCCGCUCUCUACCCAAACCAUGCCUCUGCCUUCUCGCAGAUUUUCGGGGCGCAACCGGCGCGAGCGCAGGGAACGUAUCGAUCCUGCUUGGAUGCUGGAGGAAUCAAGUCCAGAGUUGGAGGCGCAGGACGAUGGAGAGAAUGCUGAUGUCACAGAAAUAAACCUUGAUAGCGUGUCGGAUUGGCGCCAGUUUCACGUUGAUUGGCUCCAGAACGAGCCUGCUGUGCAGUUGACUACCCCGAUCUAAUUGUUGCGUGGUUAUGAUUCUGCUAUACUGUAUGUGAUUCACCCUUGUAUUCUUACCACAUGUAUCGCCUAUAUUACCUGUUCAUACACACCGCUCUGUGUCUUCUUAACUUGUGAGAUUUAGUAGUUAAUUUAAUCC